AUGUUGUCGCCACGAAGCAGUCAGAUUUUAAUUCUCUUCGCCUUACUCCAGUGCCUGAGGGGCGUUUGGUCAUUGCAGUGUGCCGACGAUGAUGAAGAUUGUCGCGAGGUUUUGAUGCACCCAAACAUAAAAGAAGAUCAUCGUUCAAUACGCCGCCGUUCGAUACCCGGAGAAGUUACCUCAGAUUAUUGGUUGGAUAAGGGCAAACGUUUUGUGGCCUAUAAGGAUGCCAGUGCUGGGAUACCUCAACGUGGUAAAGCUAAAAAUAUUAUUUUCUUUUUGGGAGAUGGUAUGUCGCUGUCUACCCUCUCUGCCACCCGGGUCUACUUGGGGGGUGAGGAACAGGAACUGUCUUUUGAAUCAUUCCCGGAUGUGGGUCUUAUGAAAACCUAUGCUGUGGAUCGUCUGGUCACGGACUCCGCCUCAGCUGCCACUGCUUUGUUGUGUGGUGUCAAGGCAAAUUAUGGUACCAUGGGGGUCACCGCCCGGGUACAGAGAGGUCAUUGUGAGGCUUCGAAAAAUACCAGUUAUCAUGUGGAUUCCAUUGCAAAAUGGGCUUUGGAUAGUGGUCGCCAAGUGGGCCUGGUAACCACCACACGUGUCACACAUGCCUCUCCUGCCGGCCUCUAUGCCCAUGUGGCCGAUCGUGAUUGGGAAAAUGAUAAAAAUUUGAAAAACAGCUGUGGUAAAAACUCUGGCAUCCCCGAUAUUGCCCUACAGCUAAUGGAGGGUGAGGUGGGCAGCCGUUUCAAGGUGAUACUUGGUGGUGGUAAGUCACAAUUUCUUGAUAAAGACUAUCACGACGACGGCAAACGUCGGGAUCAACGUAAUUUAAUUAAGGAGUUUCAAAAGGAAAAUCCUCAAAAUAUUUUUGUCGAGACCCGUGAUGAAUUAAUGGCCGCUGAGGCUUCUGGAACACAACGUUUAUUGGGCCUCUUCAAUGAUGGUCACAUGAAAUAUAAUCUAAAGGCCCAGGAUUCGAAGAAAAAUAAACAACCCACCCUUACUGAAAUGACCCAAAAGGCCAUUGAAAUCCUGAAGCAGGGAGAUGAGGGUUAUUUCCUUUUUAUUGAGGCGGGACGUAUUGAUACGGCUCAUCACAACAACAAGGCAAUAUUGGCCCUGGAUGAAACGGCUCAACUAAGUGAAGCUGUUGCCUUGGCCAGAUCGAUUACCAAUGAAAAGGAUACCCUCAUUGUGGUGGCCUCCGAUCAUUCGCAUACCAUGAGUAUUUCGGGUUAUGCGCAACGCAAAAAUGACAUUUUCGGCUAUGCCUCUCUGGAUUCAAACCAAGUGCCAUAUCUAACGCUUAGCUAUGCCAAUGGUCCGAGUUUUAGCGAAUAUUACAACACAAAGUUGGGUGGCCGCUAUGAUCCCACAAAUCAAAUUGAAGAUUCGGAUGUCGAUAUGGAUAUGCAAUUUCCAGCAACGGUACCCAUGGAAUCGGAAACGCAUAGUGCCGAAGAUGCCCCAGUAUAUGCAUCGGGACCAUGGUCCGAUUUAUUCAGUGGUGUCUAUGAACAGAGUACCUUGCCACAUUUAAUGGCCUUUGCUGGGUGUUUUGGUCCCGGUAAGCAGGCUUGUAGUUCGAUUUAG